CCCCGUGUGAAGUCAACGAGAGCCGUGAAAUGCGGGCACAUUAUGUAGAGGAUGUCGUUGUGUUGCUGUGUUUCACCUCCGCGUGAAAUAGCCGCCGAUCGUCAACUUUAUCUCAAGUUACAGCAGUAUUCUGGCGAAAAAUGUUAGCACACGCUCAAAAGCUAACUAAUGUUAGCCCGUGGAGCCGCUGAAUUGUCCGUUAUUACUGUCGCGUUACGUUAGCUAACCUACCUAGCAUUGCUACCGUUAACUGAAUAGGCACCGUGUUGCCUGACAGGCUUCGUUGUUAGCGAUAUCUUCCGAUAACCGCUAUCUAACCGCUCUCCAGCCAUUUUGACCGGCAGGAUAAACCGAAGUAGGCCGGUGAGUUUAUGAAGCUAACAUGUUGACUCUCCAGCCGGUCAAGUAACGGUACGCUAGCAUGCUAGCUGCUGUGCUAGCUGUGACUCUGGGCCUAAAGGAUGUCAAACCAGUCAUUCUCAAUCACAAAGGUGACGUCGUGAGCAGCGCUAAUGUUACGAUGCUACACGAAAAAAGUGCAUUGAUUUAAUAGCUUGAUUUUGCUCUGCCCACACGUGUUACUUUGGCUCCAAACAAAGAGCCUGUGGCGCUAAAGUCCAGCAUUCAGCAUGAUUCCCUGGUUGCGGCGGAGGUGAGGAAGCAUGGGGCGGAAAUCUGAGGUGUCGAGACGAACGUGAUGACAGUAUGGUUGAUGGUGGAGAAGCUCAAAAUGGAAAAACGCCCAUGCAGGGAGGAGAACAUUGACUCAAGCGAGGCCCAGCAUGCCAGUGACGAUUCCGAGGACGGAAGCAGCUCAGAGAGCGAACCGGAAGAGCAGCAGCAGCAGCAGCAGCACCAGAGGGUUCGGGUGAGCGGCCGGUGUAAGAAGAGGGAGCCCUUAGCCGUCGCCAAACCCCACCGGCAGCUCUGCCGCUCUCCCUGCCUCGACCGGCCCAGUUUCUCCCAGGGCAGCACUGCCCAAGAGCUCCGCGAGGAUGACGCCGGCGCCGGACCAGGGGCCAAGUCCGCCAGCGACCGAGAGUACCAGACCAAGAUGGAAUUUGCGCUGAAGUUGGGCUACUCAGGGGAGCAGGUGGAGACGGUGCUCACCAAGCUGGGGGCCGCCGCGCUCAUCAACGACGUUCUCGCGGAGCUGGUGAGGCUCGGAAACAAGGUGGAGCCGGAAAUCCAACCCUGCGGCAGCGCGGCGACGUCGACAUCACGGCCGCCCUGCGUUAAAGAGGCCGUCAGCCCAGAGGUGUCGGUGGAGGACGACUCUGUGGACAUGUUUGACAACCUCAGGCCCAUCGUCGUUGAUGGCUCAAAUGUGGCAAUGAGCCAUGGAAACAAAGAGGUGUUCUCAUGUCGUGGUAUCCAGCUUGCCGUCGAGUGGUUCUUGGAGAAAGGACACAAGGACAUCACCGUGUUUGUGCCCGCCUGGAGAAAGGAACAGUCGAGGCCUGACGCCCUCAUCGCAGAUCAAGAGGUAUUGCGCAAGCUGGAAAAAGAGAAGAUCCUGGUUUUCACCCCGUCUCGGAGAGUUCAGGGCAGGAGAGUGGUGUGCUACGACGAUCGCUUCAUAGUGAAGCUGUCUUAUGAUUCUGAUGGAAUUAUUGUGUCAAACGACAACUACAGGGACUUGCAAAAUGAGAAGCCAGAGUGGAAGAAGUUCAUAGAAGAGCGUCUCCUAAUGUACUCGUUUGUCAAUGACAAGUUUAUGCCACCUGAUGAUCCCUUGGGAAGACAUGGUCCGAGCUUAGAAAAUUUCCUCCGCAAGCGUCCUGUUGUUCCAGAGCACAAGAAACAACCUUGCCCCUAUGGGAAAAAGUGCACAUAUGGACACAAGUGCAAGUACUAUCAUCCGGAGCGCGUCAACCAGCCGCUGCGGUCGGUGGCUGACGAACUACGGGCUUUUGCCAAAUUGUCCGCGGUGAAGACGAUGAGCGAGGGGGCUUUAGCUAAAUGCGGUCUUGGUCCGGCGACCGUAAAGGGGGACGGCAACUCCGAGGUCAAACGCGUGGCACCCAAACGUCAGUCUGACCCCAGUAUUCGCUCGGUGGCCUGUGAGCCUCUGGAGGCGCUGUCCGUCGCGAGGAAGUCUGAGGCAAAUUCAGUGCCUUCCCUGGUGUCCGCUCUCAGCGUGCCCACCAUGCAGCCCGUCAAGAGUCACGCAGCUGGGGCCUUGAACACACGAUCAGCCAGCAGCCCGGUGCCGGGUUCUUUGCAGUUCGCGCACAGUUCUCUGGAGCACAUGUCCAGCGUACAGUACCCUCCUAUUUUAGUUACCAAUAGUCAUGGCGCCUCUAUUACGUACAAUGAGCAGUUCCCAAAGUAUGACUCGGUUAGCGACCAUGGCUAUUAUUCACUGCACAGUGAUUUUUCAAAUAUGAGCAUGAGCAGCAUGCACAAUGUCGACAGUUUCUGUAGCAUGGAGCACGAGCACGGCGUGUAUCAGAGAAAUCCCAGCCACUGCCUUGAGUCCUGCCUCAGCCAUUCAAACAGUGACUCCUUCUCCUCUUACGGGGACAUGUACCCGAGCUCCGUGGACAGUAGCUUAGAGGAGAGCAUGAAGGGGCAGCAGCAGUCUCCUGCGCAGGGUCGGAUGCAGGCUUUCUCCCAUGGGUUUCGUCAUGAAGCGCUGACUCGGGUGCAGAGUUAUGGACCUGAGGAACCCAAGCAGGGCCCCCGCAAGCAGCCCGGAUCUCGUCUGGCACCGCAUAUCCAGCACGUUGCGGUGGGAGCCAGGUCCAGCUGUCCCGGAGACUAUCCCCUCACUCAGAACGUCCUCCCACCUCUGUCCUCGCAGCCCACACGGUCUCUCGGCAUGACUCGCAUGGACAGCAUAUCGGAUUCAAGGCUAUAUGAUAGCAACCCAAUGAGACAGAGGCGACCUCCACUGUGCCGGGAGCAGCAUGCAAGCUGGGACCCGCUGCCUUGUGGCAACGAGUCCUACGGAUAUCAUUCGUAUCCUUUGAGUAACAACCUGAUGCCGUGUUGCGAGCGAGUGAUGGUCCGCAGCAUGCCGGACAAAAUGGAGCAAAUCUGGAACUCGCCGUGGGAGAUGCCAUCUGCAGCUGAACAUCAAGAGCGGUACGUCAUCCCAGACCACCAGUAUCAAACAUAUCGGAACCUUUGUAACAUCUUUCCCACUUACGUAGUCCACUCUGUAAUGGAGAAGAACCCUCAUUUAACCGAUCCACAACAACUUGCCGCCAUCAUUGUUACAAAACUGAGGUCAUGCCAUUAAGCGGUUAAUCUUAUUAAACAUUCAAGAGUGAUGUGAUAAGGGAAAUACAGAUUUUGAUUGCAAAGAUAGGCACUUAAAAAUGUUGCUGCAUGUGCAACAUCUGCCCUCAGGAGUUUUUUUUUUUUUUUUUAAAUGUCUUAGGGUGGGGAAAUAAGAUUUUACAUCACUAAGAUGACAUAGAAGUAAUCAGCUUAGAGGAAGUUUGUCUAAUAAGUUUAUCUCAAAUUGUAAGAUGUUUCACAUUUGAAAGCUAUGUUUUUCUAUGAAGUGUGGUGCAGUACACCUUAUUAGAAAUCUGCUUCAUAACACAUUCAUACCACCUGAGCAGGAGCUGCAUACCAGCUUUGUACCAUAUCCACGAUCAACUAAGCCUUUGUUCAACGUCAUUAACUCUAGAAAAUAUACACGGAAUACUCUGCCAACAUUUAGCAGGGCUGUUAAAUGUCCACUCAGUCAACUCUGAAAGAGUUCCUUUGAUUUGGUUGAUUACAUAUGGUUUGAUGUAUGGAGCUCCAGACUGUUCAGUAUUAGGUCAAUAAAUAAGUUUUCAUGAAAUAGAUAACCACAGGAAUAUAUUGUGUAAUAUACAUACAUUUAUUUAUUGAGGAAUUAAUUGGAUUUCUUUGUUUUAUUUCUAAAUAUCCCCUCUUCAAGAAUUUGUUUUUACAUCAUAAAGGCAUUUUUCACAAUGGCGCGUUAUGUCCUGUAACCUUUUUAUUUCAUGUCACGAUUUACAACGUCACUGUGGUGAUGUCACCACCCUGUCACCUGUCAGCCAAUCACAUGCCCCCUGCCCUGCCUCUAGCUGGCAACCUUAACAACUGCUAGCAGAUUUACUGUGUUCCAACACCCACACUACCAGACUAUUUAGUAUGCCAGAAAAAAAGAUUUUGUAUGUCAAAUGCAGUAUGCCAAAAAUACCAGGAUGUCCUACUGCAUUCUUUCAGACUAAUCUGACCCACAAUCCUCUGCACAGCAGAUUUAUGAGCAAGAGGGUCAAAGUUAAAGGUGCAAUUAUUAUGAAGAAGCUGAACAUCCCAAUUGAAUGCAUACUGCAUCCUAAAAGUACGUACUUUGUAAGGGCAGCUGCACUCUGUACUAAAAGUAAGAAGUAUGCUAUCUUGUAACGCAGUGCCAGCCAGUCAGCACCCACUAGCUAAAGCUAAAGCAACAACGAUGCUAAAGUUAUUCUGAAUUGGCUAACUAGAGGCUGCUGCUUUAAAUAGACGCAUAAACUGUCUUCUCCUUCUAUUUAUUUAACUUAAUAUGGCUGCACAUAGCACCUAGCUGGCUAACUAGCUACAAAGGGUUGGUUUAUUACUCUGCAUCAAAGUGAAGAGCCAGUGUUGACAAGCUGCAGCUAAUCAAAGUCACCUCAGCUGUGCUUUGAUUCUGAGGAUGUUAGGGGUGAGCUAACGCCGCUAACACUGACUCGUCAGGUUGACACUGAGUAAUAAACGGAGCUCACAAGCCAGCGUAAGUGGUAGAUGGGUAGUAUCAUCUGUCCUUAACAACUAAAGACGUUUAGUUACUGUGUCUGUGUACUGUCUUCACCCACUUACAUCUUGGCAUUGUUGUUGUUGCUCUUGGUGCUAACUGGUUAAAUUUGGUAGCAGUUGUUGAGCUUGCUGGCUUGAGGUUGGAGAGGUGAUGAAGCUGUGACAACACCACUGUCAUCAAAAAUGGCUGCAUUAAUUAAUGUGUCAUUAUGAAAUAAUAUGAUGUGUCACUGGGAAACUAAAAACUGACUUUUAAAUAGUGAAGAAAAAUAUUUAUAUCCCAAAAAGUAUUCGUACAAUAAGAAUAAUUAAGUAACAUUUUUUUGAACAAAUUGUUGGUUGAUUUAUAUAUUUUAAAUAUUGUUUAACGCGUUUAAUCCAUAAAUUUAAGUAAUACUGAGUACAUAAUUAUAGUGACCGGCUGGUUGACUAUUAUAAUUUGGACCUAACUUUAAUCAUAAUCUAAUAACUAACUAGUAUAGCUAGCUUGUGGACAGGAAGUAACAACUCGGCAACAUCUCCCACAUUGGACUUCUGACUGAAGAGAACGUCAACAUUUGUACACAAUGUAGCUUUUAUGAGGAUCUUGUUCAGGCCCCAUGAACGUGUUAUGAAAGGCAUCUAAAGUGUUUCUGGUGCAGUGGAACUAUAAAUAACCUUGCUUUAGGUCUGCCUCUGCUGUAAAUAUUUCGUGUGACUUUUUUUUUGUGCAUUUAUUUUAAAGAUAAGUAAGAGGGAGGUAGUGACAUACCUCACAGCAUGAACUAUGACAUUUAAUGGCCUUAUAUCUAAAUGACCUCACGCUUUAAUCAUCGUCUAAUUGGUUUCGAUGAAAGUCUUUCGUCGUUGAAGCCUCCUAUUUUCAAAUGUAAAGCACUAUCUCAGUAUCUAAAGAGAUAUAUUUUCUCAGCCUCGCUUAACAAAGCUACUAUUUUGGUAGAAUUUGACAGUGCACAAAGCAAGCCAAAAAAGAGAUUUGACUUGUAUCCACGUGCACAUAUCGAUGUACAUAUAAUCACACAAAAGCCAUUAUUUCAAAGUCAUUUAUAAGCUGCUAAAUAAUGCCAAAAAAAAAGAUAGACUUUAUAUAGUGUCAGUAUUCUACAUAACCUGGAAGCGAUUGGAUUACAGUAUAAACUAACAUCUAUGUGCUGUAUAGUUUACCGUUCUGAUUUUAUUGGAUGCUGCGUCCAAGAUUUUCCUAUUUACAUAUUUGUCAAAUUUGUCGUGCCGAUUCUUUUCAAUGUGAAAAUAUUCAAAGUAUCUUUGUUUCAAACAGUAGCUCUAAUGGACUUCUUCACGUUGUCAGAGGAGCAAGUGUGUUUUCAGGAGUGGGUUGGUGUCGUUUCAAAGACUACUUUUACGUGCACGUUAGCAGUCUGAUGAUUUCCAGCUUUUCUCAGUGACCUGAAUCCUGAUGCACACAUGAGUUUAGAGCACUAAGAGAAACUUGGUUAAACCUGCUAGAUUUCUGAUUGAAUUCAGCCAUUUAUACACUUUAUAAUGGGUUGGGUUUGUUUUGUUUUAUGUGUGCUAAUGUGCAUGGCAAAACCCCAGGACUAGGAAGGUAUCAUCCCUGUGGCGGUAAUCUAGCAGGAUUAAAGAAAAUUUAGUUAAUUAUGCCCAUGCAUCGAGACUAAAUACAUCCUAUGCUGAACACACCUAGUGAUUUACCUAUUCUAAUGUAAAUGAUUUAAUUUGUUAACUUUAAACAAAUGCACACAGGAAAACACGCUAUGCAGUUCUCACUGUACUGUCAAUCCAAAUACUCCAAUCAAAAAAACCAACAACCAAUGUGGCAGUGUCCUAUUACUUGGCAAGUUUAUUAUGUUUCAUAUUAGAUACACACAAAAUAUGUCAAAGUUAAAAUAUGAUGGAGGAAUGGGAGUGAUCUGCUUCCUGACAAAACUGCGGGUGAACUGGUUUUAUAGAAAUCCGACCAUCGCAGUGCAUAUAAACACGUUGCCCCGUGUCACGCCUUAAACCUGAUUUCUGGAAGUUACCUGGUUUCUUAGUGCAUGUAAACGUAGUGAAACAUGGAGAAUUCAUCUAACCAGGCUGUGAUGUGAUAGAAGUUUGCUAUGGGAGAUGGAAACAGUUUAAAUGUUUUUGCACAAGGAAUUCUGCAGAAGACUGAAUGCUUACCUGAUGUUACCUUUUGUCAGAUCGAAUGAUGGAAUCUGGCCGAUACACAGUCGGACCUGGGACUGAGUUGUAUAUUGGACUCAUUUAGUUAUAUAUUGUAGAGUAUGAGGCUUCAGUAAGUGUACAAGUAAAAUGAAGGGAAUGCUAGAAUGCAUGUUGAAGAUUACAUUUAUUGUAUGGCUUUUUAUGGGGGGGGGGCUGCUUGCUCGAAUACAGACAUACAGAACGGUUUGGCUGUGCCUUGCAGCACAUUGCUCUCAGGAUGCUUUAAAUUUUCUAGUUUUCAGUCUCCCUGCCAAAAUCCAGUGGUUACUGGCAAGAGUCUACUCUGAUCUAGUAGUGAUGUAUUUUGUGAAAAACCUACAUGUACCAUGUAGUAUUUUAAAAGUUAGUUUAUGUACAGUUGAGAAGUGGAGAUGGCAUUGCAGAACUUUGUACUUUUUGUGUAUAUCCUUGAGCACCGUGAGCCCUAAAACAAAUUGGGCUAAUAGGAUGGCUUUACGUGAUGCAGCUACAGGCAGAUGAAGUAAUGUUGCAGCCCAAAUCAAAAAUGGGUGUUUUGAUUUCCCCAUAUUUGUAAUAAUAUGCUGAUUGUCUGGCAGUUGUUGAGCCAGUGAUCUCGAUUAGACCGUUGCAUUUUACCCAAGACUUUGGGCCUUAGGAGGCUAAUGUUGGAUGCUAAUCAUGGCAUUCGGUAUGGCCCCCGGGUCAUCAGGUCAAAAGCUAUCACUACUUCUCAAGAAAUAUGAACUAAUGCGAAGCACAUUCAUGCUCCC